AUGAAUGCCUUCCGUAUGAGAACAACCUCCGCACACUACGUAGCCGAAUAUUUGUCCUUAAUUUCAGUCUCCGAAUUCUCCGUUGGAGCCCCGCGUGCCAAUCAAAUGGAUUACCAAGACGAUCCGCUUUCACCGUUCUACUCAACAGAGACUGACACCAUACCACCGUUGGCCAAAUUAAUUCUGAAACGAACAGAGGUAAUUCCAAUGAGAUGUCAAGCCGAUGACGAGUACAGGCGUGAGGCGUUCAACAUCACAAACACCAGUGAAGACGAGGAGUACAAAGAUAGACGCGAAUGUCUUAUGUCGAACUGGGGAUCAUGGUCCUUGUGUUCAGCUACGUGUGGAAAAGGAAUUCGAAUGAGAAGCAGAGUGUUCGUCUUCCCUAUAAAGGCACGUUUUAGAAUAUGGAGGAAAAACUAUUUUCGCGUUUGUGGUGGAGAAAUUACUUCAUCACCUUCGAAGCCUUUCUCCAAAUCUGUCUAUCCGUGUUAUUUUAAUUACCUUCAGUACGCCAGCCUCAAUGGAUGUGAAUUUAGGCUCAAAUGUUCCAUUGUCACCGCCAAACAACAGAACGGCAGUUCUGCAAUGCAAAAAUCAACGAGUGCGAAGGUGAAUUAG